GGAGCCAGCAGCAACAGCCUGGGAGGGAGCAGCAACAGCCAGUAGUAGGAGCCAGCAGCAACAGCCUGGGAGGGAGCAGCAACAGCCAGUGGUAGGAGCCAGCAGCAACAGCCUGGGAGGGAGCAGCAACAGCCUGGGAGGGAGCAGCAACAGCCAGUAGUAGGAGCCAGCAGCAACAGCCAGUAGUAGGAGCCAGCAGCAACAGCCUGGGAGGGAGCAGCAGUGGGGGCAGCAGAGCCUGAACAAAGUGAGCUCACAGAAGAAGUGCCUCUAAUCACCGCAUUCCAGCAGAGGAGAGCCAGUCAACUUCCUCUAAGCCUGUGUGACGGGCAGAGAGCUAUUUUACUCGUCUUCACCUGGACUGGACUUUACCCACCUCUCCCUAGCAGUGUCUGACUGACGAAGGAUUUUAAAGAAAGGAGGAAAAUAAAAGUGACUUUCUUUGGUUCUAAAACGGAAGAAGACCCAGAUGUGAAGAUGGAGGAGGGAUACGAACUUGACCUGACUUACGUGACGGAGCGCAUUAUCGCUGUGUCCUUCCCCCGGGCAUGCUCAGAGGAGAUCUACUUUCACAACCUGAAGGAUGUCACACGGAUGCUCAAGUCCAAGCACGCUGAUAACUACCUGAUUAUCAACCUGUCGGAGAAGAGACAUGAUCUCUCUAAAAUGAACCCUAAGACUCUGGACACGGGCUGGCCUGACCUGCAUGCUCCUCCUCUGGAUAAGAUCUGUACUAUCUGUAAGGCCAUGGAAAACUGGCUCAAUGCUGACCCGCUACACGUGGUGGUCAUACACUGCAGGGGUGGGAAAGGCCGAAUUGGAGUGGUCAUCUCAUCAUUUGUGCAUUUCACCGACAUAUCUGCCAGUGCUGAUCAGGCCCUGGACCGCUUUGCAAUGAGGAAGUACUACGACGACAAGGUCUCAGCAUUAAUGACACCCUCUCAGAAAAGGUACGUUUGGAUCCUGAACAGUCUCCUGAGUGGGUCGAUGAAAAUCAACGCCUCUCCACUGUUCUUGCAUUGCAUCAUUCUACGUGGGAUACCAAACUUUGACACUGCAGGAGUGUGUCGGCCAUACCUGAAAGUCUACCAGGGAAUGCAAGCUGUCUACUCCUCAGGGGUCUAUCACAUUGGGCCUGGACACAGAGACAGGAUAUGUAUCAGUCUGGAACCUGCUCAGAUGUUAAAGGGAGACAUCAUGGUGAAGUGUUACCAUAAGAGUGAUGUCACUUUGGAGCGCGAGGCGAUCUUCCGGCUCCAGUUCCACACAGGAGCAGUGCAGGGCUACAACCUGGUGUUCGAGAAAGAAGACAUGGAGACUGCCAAUAAAGAUCACAGAUUUCUGGCUUACGGGAAAGUGGAGCUGGUGUUCUCUGAGGGCCCGGAGAAAAUCCCAGGUGCAGAGCGCUGGCAGAACGGGGCAGACAUAAGUGUGGACUACAACACAGCCGACCCUCUGACACGAUGGGACUCUUACCAGAACAUAAUUGACGCGGAAGUGCCCCGCUCUCAGGGACUGGCCCAGGACAAAGCCUCCCCAUCCAAAAGGAGCCCUAACGGGGAAGGAUCCACCACCAUGACCCUGGCCCGUGGAGCCCACCAAGCCACUUCUACCACCAGCAGUCCCGACCACAGUGACCACGCCCUGUCAGCCAGCAGCGACUCAGGCCUGUCCAGCACCUCUCUGUGGACUGACAAACCCCCAGCCCCGAUCACCACAACCACCAGCUCCAGGCCCCAGCAAGGCCCCAGCCGUCAGGAGAAGGCCCAGCUGAAGCGCCUGCUGAGCGGGUUCGGCCUGGAGGAGAUGUCUGAGUGCGGAGGAGGGGGGCCAGGAGUGAUGACCAUACAGAAACGGGCCCCAGCCCAGGUGCAUGGCAACGGGGACCUGCGGCCCCCCAGGGAGAGGGAGACGGACAUCCUGGAUGAUGAGGUCCUCCUGUCGGGUCACGACCUGCGCAGCGUGGACAGCCUCGGGACCCUGUCGUCCUCCUGCCACAAGAGCAGCCAGAACUCCUUGCUUUCAGAUGGCUUCGGUAGCCCUGGGGGAGAGGAGCACCAGCUCCACCACCACCAACCCCAGCACCACCACCCAGCCCCGGCCACAAUGGAGGAGUACGAGAGAGCCUACGCAGAGGCCCGGAGAAGCUGCUUUGGCCAGAGGAGUGCCUCGGUCUCCACCCCCGCCACCGCCAUGCCGAUGCCCAAGCAGCAGGUCUACCGGCAGGGCAGCUACUCCACACACACCUGGGUGCGCCAACAGCAGAUGGUAGCAGCCCAUCAGUACGCCUACCUGCAGGCCGAGGAGGGUGAGGAGAGGGAGAGGUACCUAGGGGACAACAAACCACAAGGGGGAAGCCCACCCAAACCUCCAACCCCUACAGUGUCACAACAAGGACCCGUGCUGAGUAUGAACACUGCUGCCUUGAGAACGGUGGUGGCACCACAGACACACAACGAGCAGCCUCCUGCAGUCGUCAACGAUAACAACAACAGCCGAGACGAAGAGUUCAACUCUUUGACUGUGGACAUUGAUAACUCCAUCGACCAGCUCAACCAGUUGAUCAUGGACCUGGACCCCACGUUCGUGCCUGUCCCCACACGCUCCAGCUCGGUCAAGAGGAACGGCGGGGAGCAUGUGAAUGGCUCAGCCACCACAAACGCCACCUCCACCACCUCCACCGGGUGCCCCAACGGAGUCAGUCCCAGAGUCACAGAGAACAGUACAGCCGCACUGCAAAGCACACAGCCGUCAGCUGCCCCAUUGUCCGUUGGUGACGUCAGAGUGGACUCCAUGCAGAGUCGGCAGGACAGUGAUGUCACAGAUCACCCAGGAUUCGGUGGCUCACGCUGGGGCGUGCAGGAGGAGUACAAGAGCACACGGACCUACUCACCCUGCGUACCUCACUCCCAGCAUGGCAUGCUGUUCAGGAGUGACAGUGUGGACUACAGAGCUCAGGGUCCAAAGAUGGACAGUGGAGUGGAGGCUGGUAGUGACAUGACUCCUACUCCUGCCUUCCCCAUCUCUCCCCCUACACCUUAUGUGAAAAACAUGGCGGAAUUCACUCACCUGAGGCAAACUCCAUCUCCCAGCAUGCAAUCAUAUGGAGCUUACAGGACGGAGCAUGAGCCCAGAGGAUACUUAGAGAUGAUUGGUCAUGUUCCCCAGUCCGCAGAAGAGGGCCUUCCAGACUCUUCCCCCAGCUGCCAUAGGUCCUUCAGCUCCUCUCGCUCGGCGUUCAUUAGUGGGAUGCCACAACGGACAGACAGCCCCUCCAUGGGUCAGCCCUGGCCAGAGGACAGAGCCCUCCAUCCCCACUCCAUGUCCUUGGACUACAGACACCACUCCCCUCCCAUGCACCCCCAACCCCACACUCACCCUGCGCCCAAUGCCCACAGCUCCCCCCGGGGCAGCCAGCAGAGCCACAUGGUACACUAUGGCCUCACCCACAGCCUUGCGCACAGCUUCGACGAGCAAGACAACUUAGGCCUGGGGGGCUAUGGCGCAGUCGACAGCCCACCCUCUGCCUCUCCUCUACUGGGGAACGGAGGCAUGGAGAGGGGCCUGUCCUGUAUGGGUUUCAUGGAUGGGCUGGGCACCAUCCGGACCCAGCACCUGCCGCAGCUGCAGCAGCUCCAGGCCCAGGAGGCCUUGCCUCCACUGCUGCCUGAGAAGAGGAGGGAAUCGGAUGGGGAGCACUCCUUGGGCACAGCCUCCCCAGCCCCUAGCGGAUUCUCCAGCCCACAUAGUGGAAGCUCCCUCAGUAUCCCAUUUCCCAACAUCCUGCCUGAUCUCUCAGCCUCUGCACAGAUGCCGGGCACCACUUCACCUCUGCCAGAUGUCCUGGCCAGCAAGCAUGUGACUGUAAACUUUGUGCAAGACACAUCGAAAUUCUGGUACAAGCCUGAUAUCUCCAGGGACCAAGCUAUCUCAGUCCUGAAGGACAAGGAGCCCGGAUUUUUCAUAGUACGGGACAGUCACUCCUUCAAAGGAGCCUAUGGGCUGGCCAUGAAGGUGGCCACACCCCCUCCCUCAGUCCUGCAGCAGAGCAAGAAAGGUGAUCUGUCCAAUGAGCUGGUCCGUCACUUCCUGAUUGAGUGUACACAGAAAGGAGUUCGGUUGAAGGGCUGUCCCAAUGAGCCCUAUUUUGGUAGCUUAACUGCGUUGGUGUGUCAGCACUCCAUAACUCCCUUGGCUCUGCCCUGCAAACUCAUCAUACUUGACAGAGAUCCUCUUGAAGACGUGGUGGAGAAUACUGCUCCACAAUCUGUCACCAACUCUGCUGCUGAGCUCCUUAAACAAGGAGCAGCGUGUAAUGUGUGGUUCCUGGGUUCAGUGGAGAUGGAGUCUCUGACCGGGUACCAGGCUGUGCAGAAGGCCACCAGUGUAACAUUGGGCUCAGACCCCCUGCCCACCUCCACCGUGGUCCACUUGAAAGUCUCCUCACAGGGAAUCACCCUCACCGACAACCAGAGGAAGUUGUUCUUCAGAAGGCAUUAUGCAGUGACCACUGUCAUCUUCUGUGCAUUGGACCCUCAAGAUCGGAAGUGGAAAAAAGAUGGCUGCACUUCAGCAAAGAUCUUUGGCUUUGUGGCGAGGAAGACGGGCAGUGGGCAGGACAACGUGUGCCACCUGUUCGCCGAGCACGACCCCGAGCAGCCCGCCAGCGCCAUCGUCAACUUCGUCUCCAAGGUGAUGAUUGGCUUCCAGAAGACCAAGUAGCGCUGCAACGCUGCUAGCUAAUUGGCUAGUGGGGCUGUUUCUAAAACUUAAAACCGUACAACCCUCAACCUGAAGGUUAUGAGCCAGGACUUGGACAGGAAGGCAGUGGAACAGAGUUCCAUCCACAGAACUAGAAUGGGUUUUGCGAGAUACUAUUUCAAUGGUUACACUACCUAAGAAUGGGAUACAAUUGAUAACAAUAAUCUUGAGGCGAAAGAAACACACACCUAUUUAGGCGAGGUGCUGGCUAGCGGAGUGGAACACUUAAAAAAAGUAAAGGAGAGCCGCACACUCUAGGAGCUCAGAUGCAAAAAUAUUUAUGUCCAACGUUUACGUUUCGACAGACAAGUGAUGGAGUGCUGCCCUUAUGAAGACGGCUUGUCUGUGGAAACGUUGGACAUAAAUAUUUUUGCAUCUGAGCUCCUAGAGUGUGCGGGUCUCCUUCUCCUUUAUACAAUUGGCAACAAGCAUGAAAAGACUUACAAGUUACAACUCCACAACCAAGUCAUCUCCUGCUUACAACACAGAGGGAACUGUGGACCAUCAGCAGGACAGGAGACUCAUUGAGAUCUUUCAUUGAGUCGAAUGAAAACUCAGAACUCCUUUGCCAUCAUUUUCUAACAGACUCUUUCCUUAUGAUGAUUAUUAGGGGUUUGUCUGGAAGGAAAAAGAUAAUAUACAACAGCUACGUUAUAAGAUGUGUAUUUCAUUUUUAUGUAUCAUUGUAGAACUAAUACAGAUGUUUGCAUUUCUGUCUCGAAAGGGCUUACAGUUUUAUGUAUCCCAAAUCUUUACAAGUUAGUUACAUAUUCCUAUUCUCAACAUGCUCUGUAUGAUGUGAUACUAUACUAAAGUUAGUUACAUAUUCCUAUUCUCAACUUGCUCCGUAUGGUGUGAUACUAUACUAUACUAUAGUGAAGCAUAGAAGCCUGGCAUGUAAGGGUUUUGUCAUGUUUAAUAUUUAACCAAAAAUAAAUCAACUAUAUAAAGCAUUAUUCAAACUAUUAAAAACAGUAUUAAAAAAAUACUGUAAAUCAUAACUUCUCCUUGUGUUAUGAAAAACUUAAUUUUUUUAAAUGCAUCAUAUACUAUUUGAAAAGUAAUACCUAUUGACUUUAUGUUAGAA